AUGUCUAUCCAAACUAGCGACUCAAGUUCCAAUGACUAUGGAAAAGCCCUUUCAUUGAUCGCUGCCCACUCUCACAUCUCAGGCUUGGGUUUGGAUGAGAAUUUGCAGCCCAAGGCCACAUCUCAAGGUAUGGUCGGCCAAUCUCAGGCCCGCAGAGCUGCAGGUGUGAUACUGAAAAUGGUUCAGAGCGGUACAAUCGCAGGGCGUGCUGUGCUAAUCGCAGGUCCUCCCUCUACUGGUAAAACUGCGCUGGCUAUGGGUCUCUCGCAGUCGCUGGGCCAAGAUGUGCCAUUCACGGCGAUCGCCGGGUCUGAAAUCUUCUCGCUAGAAUUGAGCAAGACCGAGGCUCUCACACAGGCUUUCCGUAAGUCCAUCGGUGUGAAAAUCAAGGAAGAAACAGAGUUGAUCGAAGGUGAAGUUGUGGAAAUUCAAAUCGACAAGUCCAUCACAGGUGGCCACAAGCAGGGAAAGCUGACUAUCAAAACCACAGACAUGGAGACCAUCUACGAGCUGGGUAGCAAGAUGAUUGAGGGUCUCACAAAGGAGAAAGUCCUUGCUGGAGACGUGAUCUCCAUUGAUAAAGCCAGCGGUAAGAUCACCAAGCUGGGCAGAUCUUUCGCUAGAUCUAGAGAUUAUGAUGCUAUGGGUGCUGACACUAGGUUUGUGCAGUGCCCUGAGGGAGAGCUUCAAAAGAGAAAGUCUGUAGUCCACACGGUGUCUUUGCAUGAGAUCGACGUUAUCAACUCUAGAACUCAAGGCUUCCUGGCUCUCUUCACAGGUGACACAGGAGAAAUCAGAUCCGAGGUCAGAGAUCAGAUUAACACCAAGGUUGCGGAAUGGAAGGAAGAAGGCAAGGCAGAUAUCGUACCUGGUGUGUUGUUCAUUGACGAAGUCCACAUGUUAGACAUCGAGUGCUUCUCUUUUAUCAACCGUGCAUUAGAAGACGAGUUUGCGCCAAUUGUGGUUAUGGCCACCAACAGAGGUAUUUCUAGAACCAGGGGAACAAACUACAAGUCACCCCAUGGGUUGCCUCUCGAUCUUUUGGACAGAUCCAUUAUAAUAACCACUCACAAUUACAACGAACAAGAAAUUAAGACUAUAUUAUCUAUUAGAGCACAAGAAGAAGAGGUCGAGGUGGCGCCAGAUGCCUUGGAUCUAAUGACAAAGAUAGGUUUGGAAUCCAGUCUGCGUUACGCAAGCAACUUGAUUUCUGUGUCACAACAAAUAGCGCUCAAGCGUAAAAGCAACACUGUGGAGAUCGCAGACAUCAAGAGAGCCUACCUGUUAUUCCUCGACAGCUCCAGGUCUGUCAAGUUCUUACAGGAAUACCAGCCCCAAUAUAUUGACGACGAGGGCAAGGUCCAAAUAGCAAGCAACAUGACUGGUACCGACGCAAUGGACACCACCGCCUAA